GAAGGUUAUUUAUGCCGGUGCAGAUCUGAUCAUAUCUACUUACAGCGAUGGCUUUCUACAAAGUGUUCUGUGUGGCAGCUCUGCUGACUCUCCUGACACAAGAGUGUCACUCACAACUAAGCGUGUGUGGUAAGCCUGCGCUCAACACCAGGAUUGUUGGAGGACAAGUGGCCUCUGCAGGCAGCUGGCCCUGGCAGGCCAGUCUGCGAAACUCUGGGUCCCACUUCUGUGGAGGAUCCCUCAUUAACAAUCAAUGGGUGCUGACUGCUGCUCACUGCUUCUACAGCACAGGCAUAACCACACGCACUCUGACUGUGUCUCUGGGUCGCCAGACUCUACAGGGAUUGAACCCCAAUCAAGUGACUCGCACAGUAUCACAGAUCAUCAUUCAUCCCAACUAUAACUCCAACACUAAUAACAACGACCUUUGCCUCCUGAAGCUCUCCUCACCAGUGACUUUCACCAUCUACAUCCAGCCCGUCUGCCUGGCAGCCCCAGGCAGCACCUUCUACAGCGGCACUCCAGUCUGGGUCACCGGCUGGGGAACCAUUGGAAGUGGAGUGUCCCUUCCAUCCCCAGGAAACCUAAUGGAGGUGCAAUUGCCGAUUGUUGGGAACAGAAAGUGUAACUGUAACCAUGGAGUGGGCUUGAUCACAAGCAACAUGAUGUGCGCCGGGUUAAGUGUUGGAGGGAAGGACUCCUGUCAGGGGGAUUCUGGAGGUCCAAUGGUGAGCAAGCAGGGCGGUCGAUGGAUCCAGGGGGGAAUCGUCAGUUUUGGAAGAGACUGUGCCGAGCCUAAUUUCCCGGGAAUCUACACCCGAGUGUCCCAGUAUCAGUCCUGGAUCAACAGCCAGAUCUCCAGUAACCAGCCAGGCUUCCUCACCUUCAGGUCCACUGGGACUGACGGUGACCUCAGCGUCACCUGUCCUGGCCUGCCACCAAAAGCCACAGGCUAAGGUAGUGCCUGCCUACCUUGCCAUGUCCAGACUUAAUUAGACAGAACUUACUUGGUCUAAUAAAUUUCUAGUAUUUUUUUUGUUGGUAUGUGUUGCUAAUUUGACCACAGAGCCCUAAACGUCAAUAAAUGACGCAAAAGGGGUACCCAGGACGUUAAAAGGUUAUGGCAAAGGGCCUUACCAAGCGUCAAUAUGUGACAAGUCGGGAGUGUGAAUGUGUUCUUCCCUCAGGCAUACCACAUUUAGUAAAACAAAAAAUUAUAUCCGUCUUACGUGUUUGUUCAUGAUUAUUCUGGCGGUCCAAUGAUGUGUGAGCAGGGCGGCUCUUGUUUCUGUGCAGCAGUGUUCAAAAUAUCGGCUCCUACACCCCCACCAGUCAAACACGAGUAGAUUCAUUGAUGGUCUUCACCAAAGUCAGUGCUUUGAGACCUUCCUGGCUUAGAGUUGGUCUUCACUCCAGCAUCCAACACCACCAGUAACAACAGCAUCAAACACAGCUGCCACUGACAUACUAUACAUAAUAUACUACCAGUGGGGGCGCUCGCGCUCACUCACCCUUCUUCUUAUAGAUGUGACAAGCACGACUGAAUCUAAACAACCUAAAAUUUGAGAGACAGUGGAAGCUUAAAGCUGCAUUAAUUAAUCUAUGACUUGAUUCUGCCUCUGUUGGUGACAGCUGGAGAUCAAAAAAGAGAUUCUGGAUGCCACCUGCUUUCCUGCUUCACCUACUUGGAAAUGAAGGGUUAAAAAAUUAUGAAAAUUUAAGGAGCUAUGUGUUGCUUUUCAAUGAAAUCACUUAUUAAUAAAUCACUUUUUUACUAUGGGCUCUAACCUCA